AACAGACAACACAGCAGACAACAGACAACACAGCAGAAAAGACAUCUCAGCAUCUCAAAUAAAACAGGAAUUAUCACAGUGAAAGCACAACAACAAAAUACUGGAAGAACACAGCUUCGACUGUGAACACCUGAAAGCUGCAAUGAACAGGCCAAACUCCAGAGCAGGACUGGUGAGCGCCUCGCCCUUCACAACCGUCUCAGAGCUUAUCGUGCUGCGCGAAGCCUUUUAUUCCCUGCAGGUGGAAAACUACAAGCUCAAAGAAGAUGUGCAACGAGUUCAACAUCAACUUAAAGAGGAAGAAAAAGGGAAAAUGGAGGCAAAGAUGGAAGUAGAGAACAUAAAGAAGGAACUGAGAGCAGUAAAGAAAGAAUUAGAAGAAGAAAGAAAAGGAAAAGAGCAUGUGGAGAAGGAUGCAGAAGAUCUCAAAAAGAAACUACAGGAAGUGGAAGAAGCUCUAGAGGAGGAAGUCAAAGGAAGACUGGAGGCUGAAAAUGAAAAUGGGAAAAUAAAGGAGGACUUGUUAGAAUUAUUCAAAGCAGUUGAAGAGGAGGAAAGGGAGUUGCAAAAAACAAAACAUGACUGUGAAAAUGCAAAGAACGAAGAGUUAAGGGUGAAGAACACAUUAGAAAAAGAGAGAAGAGAAAGAGAGUGGGCAGAGCACAAAAAAGGACUAGAAGAGGAAGUCAAAGGAAGACUGGAGGCUGAAAAUGAAAAUGGGAAAAUAAAGGAUUACUUGUCCGAAUUAUUCAAAACAUUUGAAGAGGAGGAAAGGGAGCAGGCAGAGGACGAAACCACAACUGCGGAGCAGAAACUGCGGGAAGUGCAGCGUGUGCUCCAAGAAGAAAUUAAAGAAAAGCUGAUGGCCAAAAAAGACUCAGAAGAUCUAAAAAGGAAUUAUGGCCACAAAACAAAAACUAGAGGACGGGAAAAAUAG